GCGACAAAGAUUUUUCUUCCCUCCUCAUCCCCUCUCCUUCACCAUGGAGAAUACGAAUAUUCCAAUAAACCUUUUCACAGACCAAUCUGAAGUUACGUCCAUGAUGGUGGACGGUGACGGUAAUAACAAUGAUGGGCGCCAACAAUCGCAGAAUGCAGAAAACAUGUUGGCCGGAGAUGCCGGUGUACAAGGCAAUUACAAUAGUGUCAGUGGGCCUACACCAAAGACCGGUAUCCAACAUGCGAAUGUGACUGGACAAGAUCGUGUACGCGACGCUAUAUCCACUAGCAACGAAUAUCGGAAAGGUGAUCUUUCGGACGAAACACCGGGUCAUCCCACUGCUUCGCAGUCAAAAUCGAACAAUGUCGACGGUCAUAAGAUAGUGACUGAUGAUGACGACGGUUCCGAUGAUGAUCUUUACGCUGAGGUGGAUCAAAAAGUUAUCAGUAUGGAUGUGGAUACAAAUACGUCGAAUCAUGCGGGUGGUUUGUUGCACAACACUGUUGCUGCUGAAAACAAGGGCUCCGAAGUAUUCGUCAACCUAGAUAUGUCAUUUUCGAUCAAGGGAAUGUAUCGCGUGCUCGAUCUUAUCACUGAACAGGGCAGUGGUGGUUUGGUGGACAAGAUUAUCAUCGCACAAGAUUCUCUGCAAGCCUUUGUCAACACUAUAAGCCCU